GCACACAAGCUGCACAGUGAAACAGACGCUUUUCAUCACACUCUCAAAAGACUAGCCAAAGCUUGAGACUAGGCUUGUGUCAAGAUGUCUAACAUCGCCAAUGUGCUGGCCAAGAGGAAGGACAAAGAGGAAGGACUGGGAGGCAAUGAUAAUGCCGUUUCUUUCAAAAAACAGGAUUUUGAGACACUCCGGAGUGAGUGCUUGGCAAGUGGCAAACUCUUCUGUGACCCCACUUUCCCUGCAGAAGUCAGCUCUUUAGGAUUUAACCAGCUGGGGAAACAUUCCUCCAAGAAUGGAGUGGAAUGGAAAAGACCAUCGGAUCUUUGCCCGAAUCCUCAGUUCAUUUGUGAUGGCGCUACGAGGACUGACAUCCGCCAGGGAGCUCUAGGUGACUGCUGGCUCCUGGCGGCUAUUGCCUCUUUGACUCUGGAUGCUGAAAUUCUCGGGCGUGUUGUUCCCGCUGAUCAGAGUUUCACUGAAAAGUAUGCUGGCAUCUUUCACUUCCAGAUUUGGCAUUAUGGUGAGUGGGUGGACGUUGUCAUUGAUGACCGACUACCUACAAAAAAUGGUCAGUUGGUGUUUGUUCACUCAGAAGAAGGGAACGAGUUUUGGAGUGCCCUGCUGGAGAAAGCCUACGCAAAGGUAAACAGCUCAUAUGAAGCUCUUUCAGGAGGCUCCACCACAGAGGGCUUUGAGGAUUUUACCGGUGGAAUUGCCGAGACCUACGAACUGCUGAGGCCCCCCCCAACUCUGUUCAAUAUCAUCAGGAAGGCAUUGGAUCGGGGAUCUCUGCUCGGCAGCUCUAUAGAUAUUAGCAGUGCAUAUGAAACUGAAGCAGUGACCAGACAGAAGCUGGUGAAGGGACACGCCUACUCCAUCACGGGAGCAGAAGUGGUUCAUGUCUCUGGGAGCCCGGUUCAACUUGUGCGCCUGAGAAAUCCAUGGGGACAAGUGGAGUGGACCGGAGCUUGGAGUGACAAUUCUGGAGAGUGGGACCAAGUGCUGCCAGAGGAGAAGAGCAAACUCGAUUACUCGGCAGAAGAUGGAGAAUUCUGGAUGGCUUAUUCGGAUUUUGUGCAGCAGUACUCUAAGUUGGAGAUCUGUAACUUGACUCCGGAUACUCUGACAAAUGAAGGCAUCGCUCGCUGGAGCUUUCAUCAGUUUGAGGGCACUUGGAAGAUUGGCUCUACCGCUGGUGGCUGCAGAAACAACGCAGCAACCUUUUGCUCAAACCCCCAGUAUGUGAUAAAGCUGGAGGAGACAGACGAUGAUCCCCACGACGGUGUAGACGGCUGCUCGUUUUUGGUCGGCCUAAUGCAGAAAGAUAUGCGCCAGGAGAAGCAGUUUGGACGAGACCUCAACACAAUCGGCUUUGCAAUCUAUAAGGUUCCUGAUCAGUAUAAAGGUCAAAAUAACAUUCACCUCGGCCCAGACGUCUUGCUGCGCCAGAGAGCCGUGGCCAUGAGCGACACCUUCAUAAAUAUGCGGGAGGUUUGCUGCCGUUUCAAACUGCCACCCGGUGAAUACGUCAUCAUUCCUUCUACAUUCGAGCCACACCGCAAGGGAUCCUUCAUACUUCGUGUGUUUGCUGAGAAGCAGGCCAGUGCCAGCCCAAUGGAGACUGAUAUCAGCGCCAAUAUUAAAAAGGAAAAGAUCUCACAGAAAGAUGUGGACCCUCAUUUCCAAACCCUCUUUAAGCAGAUUGCUGGAAAUGAUUCUGAAAUCUCUGCAGUAGAGCUGCAGAAGAUUCUGGACAAAAUUGUGUCUCAACGAACUGACCUGAAGACGGAUGGCUUCACCAUUGAUACUUGCCGCCAUAUUGUCAGCCUAUUGGACAAAGACGGCAACGGGACCCUCGGGCUGAUGGAGUUUCACGCAUUCUGGUUAAAGCUACAGAAUUAUGUGGAGAUCUUCAAGCGCCAUGACACCGAUAACUCUGGCACCAUUAGCUCCCAUGAGCUGAGAGAUGCUCUCAACAAAGCAGGAUUCCAGCUGAACACACACGUUCUGGAGGUGAUCGUCCUUCGCUACUCAGAUCCGCAAAGCGCCGUUGACUUCGAUUCCUUCGUAGGCUGCGCAAUCCGUCUGGAGCUGCUUUUCGUUAUGUUCAACAAGUUUGAUAAGAACAAAACUGGCAAGAUUGAGCUGGAUAUUAUGCAGUGGUUAUGCUUGGCACUAAGCUGAAUUCCCUCAGACCUGUACAAUCCACGGUGUACUGAGAAGGCAACAACACGAUUUAUUCCACGCCCAUUAGGCCUUUUAACCAAACAGGAUGAAAAUUAUUGUUUGAUUUACUAUAUUUUGUUAUCGAAUCCGGUUUUAGGUAUUUGUUUGGACAGAUCAUAACAUGAAACACAAUAAUAAAUGCUAAUUGAACCCUG